UGCUCUCGCUCUCCGGUCUCGCCCUCUGCCUCAGUGAUGGCUAGGAAAGCGAUUUUCAAGAUUCACACACGAAACUGGGUCCCACGACCACUUGACAUGCUUCUGGACGAGCUGGCUGAAAAAUCCGUCGGAUACUGCGGUGCUGAUAUCAGGUCUGCAUGUGCCGAAGCCGCCCUCUGUGCUUUGCGGCGMCGCCACCCUCAGACACACAGGAGCACAGAGAAACUGCAGCUAGAUAUCUCUUCGAUCAAAACAACACCCAAAGAUUUUUUCAUGGCUAUGGAAAAGAUUGUACCAGCUUCACAGCGCUCUGUCUCUUCCCCGGGACAGGCAUUAUCACCCAUUUUUAAACCACUGUUUGAGAAUACUUUUCAGAGAAUUUUGCAAGUCCUGCAGAGAGUAUUUCCUCAUGCAGGACUUGUUCUAAAGAAGAACCAAUGUCAAGAUGACAAGAACGAUAUUUUACAAAGCGAUUUCACCUGUAGUGAUGACGAAUCACUUUCAGCCUUUGAAGAUAAGGAGGCUUUUUAUAAAAGGUCUCAAAUAGAGAUGAAAUUCCUCRACUUUAAAAGAAAUGCUUAUCACCAGCCAACAUCUCACAGGCCAAGGCUCUUGCUGUCUGGGGAGCGAAACAGUGGGCAAGGUUCUCACUUGGCACCUGCAGUCAUACACGCCCUGGAGAAGUUUCCAGUUUAUACCCUGGACUUGUCAGUUCUGCUUGCUAGUACCUCGUCGCCAGAAGAAACAUGUGCCCAGUUUAUCCGAGACGCUCAGAGGACAGCACCCAGUAUAAUUUAUAUCCCACGUAUCAAUGUAUGGUGGGAAACGGCUGGAUUUGCACUAAAAACUACUUUCACAACAUUACUGGAGAACAUUCCAGCAUUUGCUCCAGUUUUGUUGCUUGCCACAUCGAAUGUCACUUACGCGGAUCUCCAAGAUGAGAUACAAGAGUUGUUUAUUGAAGAUUAUGGAGAAGUUUUCGAUGUCCGACUGCCUAAUAAGGAAGAAAGAAGAAACUUUUUUGAGAACUUAAUUUUAAAUCAGGCUGCGAAACCUCCUGCCUCUAAAAAGAAAGCAGCUUGGCAGGCCCUGGAAGUGCUGCCGGUGCCGCUGCCGCCGGAGCCUCACAAACUGACGGAGGAAGAAAAGCGACAGAUAGAGGAGGAAGAGGAGGAUUCCCUUCGGGAGCUUAGGUUUUUCCUAAGGGAUGUUACACACAGACUUGCCACUGAUAGGCGUUUCAAGGCCUUCGCAAAACCUGUUGAUCUAGAUGAGGUACCUGAUUAUAUCACAAUUAUUAAACAGCCAAUGGACCUUUCAACAAUUCUCUCUAAAAUUGACUUGCGUCAGUAUGUAACUGCAGGAGAUUUUCUGAAAGAUAUCGAUCUAAUCUGUAGCAAUGCCUUAGAAUACAAUCCAGAUAGAGAACCUGGAGGUCGUCUCAUUAGACACAAAGCUUGCACUCUGAGAGAUGUUGCAUAUGCCAUAGUAAAAGCAGAAAUGGAUGAAGACUUUGACCAAAUCUGUGAAGAAAUCAAAAAGGCUCGUAAGAAAAGAGGUUACAGCUCUCCAGCCUAUGUGCCUUCUUACUACAACGUGAGGCCACAGCAGGCCUCUGUUUCUGGAUGUAAUAAGAAAAAUAAGCRUAAUAAAAGAGUCAAGACGACAGUGCCGCCUGUAGCCUGCAGCACACCACCGUCUAAAGCUAGGUCAAAAGGAAAACGCAAGAGAGGCAAAUCCACUUCAAGUAGUGAAGCAAAAAGGAGAAAGGUUUUGCAGUUCAGCAAAGUGAAGAAAACUGGAAAAGACCAAGAUGAAGARGAGAGUGAUGAAGAAGAGUUUCUGGAGAGCAGUGUUUCCAGCAUGCCUCUGACUGAAGUUGAACUCAUGCGAGGCUCUCAUACGGACCAAAGCCACAAUAUUCUUCCAGGACAACGGACAAACGUCUAUGAAAAUAACUAUGAGACAGAAAACAAGAGCUGUUGCUCUGCAGCUACCUCUGGCCCUGCAAAGAAGACAGCCAAAUCUUCUCAAUAUUCAGAGCUAAAAAAGAGAAAGGAGAUUUUUGAUUCCCAGAUGGCAGAAAGUUUUAAAGAAGAUGAUUCAAAAGAAACACAAAUGCUUCAUACAAGGUCGGCUGGAUGUUCUCAGGCAGAACAGCAGCAAUGGAUGGAUAUCAAGGAAGCGGUGGGAAUUCUCGAAAACCCACAUCCCCCUGUUGUGAUAGAUUACACAAAGCUGAUGCAUUUGCUGGAUUUGGUCACUGAACUAACUAAGGACUUCAAUAUAUUUUACUUGGAAAAAAUAUACGCUCUCCUCAGCCAGUGCAUUUACCAGCAUCGGAAUGACUAUGACAAAACUAAACUAAUUAUGGAAAUGAAGAAAAUAAUUAGAAACUUCUUCUGCGCUUCAUAAUGUCAUCUGCAGAAUACACUUCAUUUCUACAUUAUGAAAUUUUAGUUUAGUUGCAUGUUGUUCUGGUAGCUGUUUAUAAUUCMGUAAAUAGUACUUCUAAGUAUAGAUUUUUAUAUACAUACAGAUUUUAUAUACAUACAGAURCAAAAGGAAUAUAUCUUAAAAUAUAUUAAGAAAGCUCAGGUAAUGCCCUUUAACUGCUUUUAAGGGAUACUUUUGUUCUAUACCUAUUGUGUGAGAAAUAGCAAGCUUGGACAGGAGAAUUACACAUGUUCUGUUGAGAUCACCAUGUUCAGCUUGCUUUUCUACUACCACAUUUACUUCAAGUCUUUUACGUCRCUUUUUUAUGUGACAUAUGUUUGUUGGUGUCUUUUGGAACCUUACAGAACUGAACAUUUUCCAGACAAUCUCAGUGCCUCUUUUAAAACACAACAUUGGAAAACUUGAUAAGCUUUUAUUAUCUUAUUCCAACUUGUGACAAUAUAUUGUUCUGCAGCAGCCUGUGAGGCUGUGUAUUCCAUUGUGUAUUG